CCCGCCGAUCCAGGGGGCGGCCGCGUUGGGUUCCACUCCUUGGGGAAGGGGGCGCGCCGUUGCCCUUUUUGGGUGGUGUCUGUGUGGGUGGGCAGCCUUUGCCCGCCCUUCACUGCUUGGCAGCCUCGUAAGCAGGCACGCGCAUGGGGCGCAGGUCGCCCCGGUCUCGGGUUUCUUCCUUGCUUCGGGUCGCUUGCUUGCAAGUUCGGGGCGCCGCGGAGGGAGGCAGGCUGGCGCGCAAGGUUGCCUGACCUUCCUGGCUUUUGGUUGCAGACUUUCGGCGCCCCACUCGUCGGCCUUUUAAUCAGGCCCAUUCGUACAGCCCGGCGGCCGGCAACAAACGCAAGCACCCCUGUGUGCCAGGCGCCCCCGUGCCAGCCGUCUGUCGUUGUCCUCGCUCUCCUGCGCAACAAGGACCGAUGUGCCAUUUUCACGGCGCGUUGUCGCUCAUUAUUAAUAAAAUGAGAAAUCAGCCACGUUUGUCCACCCACCCGCGGUGGGCUCGGGGAUGGCGUGCCUUCUGCACCUCUCGCAUGAGAGUGAGCGAGUGCGUCUUCUCAUCUCCCUAUAUUGCUUUCGCUUUUUUUGUGCGUGUGUCCUGUUGCAACUUACUGCAAACAGGCGGCGUUCGUGGACCUGCUUUCUUU